AUGUCGGGAGGUGGUUUGAGUCGUGGCCCGGCAGGCAACAACGAUUGCCACAUCUACGUGGGUAACUUACCACCAGACAUCCAAACCAAGGACAAUGAGGACGUGUUCUACAAAUACGGCGCUAUCUGAGACAUAGACCUCAAGAAUCGCCGCGGGGGACCUCCCGUAGCCUUCGUUGAAUUCGAGAACCCGCGAGAUGCGGAAGACGUGGUGUACGGCCGUGACGGGUAUGAUUACGAUGGAUGGCGUCUGCGGGGAGGGUUUCCUCGAAGCGGCCGUGGUACAGAUGGCACUGCUGUCGUGGGGUUUGUACGGAAAGAAGAUAUGACCUAUGCAGUUCGAAAACUGGAUAGCACUAAGUUUAAUCUCAUGAGGGAGAAAUUGCCUACGUCUGGGUUACAGUUGAUGGGCCCAGAAGUUCAAGUUACAGAAGAUCUUGAUCUCAAUGCCAUGGUCAUAGCAGAAGCCCUAGCAGAAGAAACAGCAGGAGUCGCAGUUACUCCCCAAGGAGAAGGAGAAGAUCGCCAGGACAUAUCUGAAGAGAUGGAUUAA